AACCUCGGCUGGUCUCUUCCAUACAUGCACGAGGUAGCUAAUCUCCAUUCCUGUACUAUCUACCACAAUGACUCAGAUCUUUGGUCACUGUGACCCCCGGUUCUCCAAGCUUCGCGACUUGAUGCAACAGUUCAUCGCGUCCGGGCAAGAUAUAGGGGCCAGUCUGUGCGUGAACAUUAAUGGCGACGAAAACGUAGUGGACAUAUGGGGGGGCUGCGCCGACCCAUCGACCGAGAAGCCCUGGGAAAAGGACACCAUUGUCAACGUCUUCUCGACAACGAAACUCGUCACCAACCUGGCGGCUCUUAUGCUGAUUUCACGUGGCCUGCUCGGUCCCGACGACAAGGUGGCCCAUCAUUGGCCUGAGUUUGCGGCCAACGAAAAGUCGGACAUUACGGUUGGCCAAGUGCUAGCCCACACAGCGGGCCUCAGUGCGUGGCAGGACGAUAUGACGCUGGAGGACUUGUGCGACGCCAAAGGGGCGACGGACAAGCUGGCGCGUCAGGCAACGCUAUGGGCGCCCGGGGCCGCGAUGGGAUACCAUGGCGUGUCGCAAGGGUUCCUCGUCGGUGAGCUGGUGCGAAGGAAGACGGGCAUGUCCAUUGACGAGUUUGUGACAAAGGAGAUUUGCCGGCCACUAGGCACCGGGACGGACUUUCAGCUUGGAUGUCGAAAGGAGGACGGGAACCGAGUGGCCCCCGUCGUGCCUCCACCGGGACCUUCCAUCCAGGAGGCACUUGAGCAGAUGGGAUGUGAGCCAGACUCGAUCACCAUGCGCACGUUGUGUAACCCCCUACUCCGCGCUGAGGACGCCAAUAGUGCGCUCUGGAGGUCUAGCGUUUUGGGCUCGGUCAACGGCCACACGAACGCGAGGGCCUUGGUCAAGAUCCUCUCCUGCUUCUCGCUUGGCGGCACAUGUGCAGAAGAUGGUCAUCGCCUGCUGUCGACGGAGACCGUGGAGCUGGCACUCACGGAGCAUGCGAGCGGGGUGGAUGUGGUCACAGGGCGUCCCGGGAGGCGCGGACUGGAGAUAUACCUCACCGGGCCUGGAUCGGGAAUUGUCGAAGGCAAGCUGCCAGAGGGCAGUGUUGGCUGGGGUAGCGGAUGGGGCGGUUCGAUUGUGGUGAUGGACCGGGACAGGAAACUUACCAUCGCAUAUGCCAUGAACAGAAUGCUGAGUGCAGAGCAUCCUUCCCCGGCAGCGUUUAUUAAGACGGUUAAGACGGCGUAUGAGAUACUUAGAGUCCCUCUAGCUGCCUAGACCAUCUUCAACCAUCUCAGGUCUAAGUGGGCGGUACAGGUUGCAUCUACUUCAGUGACAAAUCACAUCAAGUGGGCUUUACGUUUGCCAACACACAUGCUGGGCUGUGAGGUCAGAGGGAAUCCAUUUUACAGCUUCCCCUAAAGGGACUGGAGUUUUGACACAAUCUCUCUGGCCAUCUUCCCAU